AUGGUGCCUAAAUUAGGCAGGCCAAUUUCCUCACCAGAGUGACAAAAACAGGGGAUCCUAAAAGACUAGCCCAUUUUCUUCCUUUCCUUGGGGGAAUAAAACCCACAAUCUUCAGUUCCUGAGAGAAGUGAAAGUAGCAACAGGAAUCCAGUAAUUCCUGUUAUCUGCAGGCUAUAUAAGUCAGCCGAGCCUGAGGAGGUGGCUGGGGCCCACCCUCCACGCACUGCUGUUCUCUCACGGCCCUGGAGCCAGAGGAGAGGCAGGAUGUCUGAGCCUCGGGCCUGCCUGCUGCUGCUCCUCCUCUGCGUCAACAGCGCCCUGGCCCUGAGGAUCUGCUCCUUCAACGUGAGGUCCUUUGGGGAAUCCAAGAAGGAAAAUCGGAACACCAUGGACGUCAUUGUGAAGGUCAUCAAACGCUGUGACAUCAUACUCCUGAUGGAAAUCAAGGACAGUAACAACAUGAUCUGUCCCACGCUGAUGGAGAAGCUGAACGGAAAUUCAAGAAGAGGCAUAACAUACAACUAUGUGAUUAGCUCUCGGCUCGGAAGAAACACAUAUAAAGAACAGUAUGCCUUUCUCUACAAGGAAAAGCUAGUGUCUGUGAAGAAAAGAUACCUCUACCAUGACUAUCAGGCUGGAGACGCAGAUGUAUUUUCCAGGGAGCCCUUUGUGAUCUGGUUCCAGUCACCCUACACCGCUGUCAAGGACUUUGUGAUUGUCCCCCUGCACACCACCCCUGAUACAUCCGUUAAAGAGAUUGAUGAGCUGGCUGAUGUCUACGUGGACGUGAAACGCCGUUGGAAGGCAGAGAAUUUCAUUUUCAUGGGUGACUUCAACGCCGGCUGCAGCUACGUCCCCAAGAAGGCCUGGAAGAACAUCCGCCUGAGAACCGACCCUGGGUUUGUUUGGCUGAUCGGGGAUGAAGAGGACACCACGGUGAAGAGCAGCACCAAGUGUGCAUAUGACAGGAUUGUGCUUAGAGGACGAGAGAUUGUCAGCUCUGUUGUUCCCAAAUCAAACAGCGUCUUCAACUUCCAGAAAUCUUAUGCUUUGACUGAAGAGGAGGCCCUGGGUGUCAGCGACCACUUUCCAGUCGAAUUUAAACUACAGUCUUCAAGGGCCUUCACUAACAGCAAAAAAUCGCUUUCUCCAAGGAAGAAAAAAAAGGCCAGUCACUCCUAGAUACAAGGGUGCCAUUUUGUUAGCCAUUUCUUGCCUCUAAAUAAAACAUCUCUAGCAGGUGUGAACAGCUCCCUGCAAUCAGGAAGCAAAA